ACUAUAUUAUAGCUAAUCCGUCGUCAGAGCGAGUAUUGCGACCUAUGUGUUUCGUCAAACAGCUGGAACUACAAGAAUACAAAUUUCCGGGAUACGUGAGCACGCCUACCCCUCGAACGAAUUUAGCGAAGGAAUUGGAGAAGUACAGCAAACCCCCACCUGAUUUCACAUUCGACGUGUACAGACCGAUAGCGCCUAAGCCUAAAGCACCAGCCCCUCCACUCACGACGUCAGAGCCGGAAGCUGAUGUUGCUCCUCCUCCAUCUCUUCCUCAUCCCCAGAGGCCCACGCCCAUCGUUGUAAAACCCAAGCCCCAGCAGAGAACUACUUUCAAGCAGUUUUCCCUGGAGCCUACAUCAGCUAUCAACCUUUCUACUAAAAGCAAUGCUGAUAAUGUUAUGGACCUGUCCUCAUCCAGUUCUCGUACCAUCCAUACUCUUGACCUGAGCGCAAACACACGUUGUCCAACAGGAAUAUGUACCAGUUCGCUGUCCAGUAAUUCAAAUAUUCUUCAUCCGACUCCUCAAAGGCCAACUGUUUUAGUCACUCCAAAACCUAUAUUUGGAACUGCCAUUGAACAGACAGAACCUGUUGAUUUCUCCACAGGCACAACAACAGCCACCAGAGUUGGAGUGAUAGCGGGACCAUUGGCUCCAGUUACUGUGCAACCACUAUUAGCGCCCAACGACUCUUUACCUCUCUCUCCCCCUCCUGCGAUUGUUCCACAGGCUCCUCAGGCUCCUUACCCUUCUCCCAUUCGCUCUCCAUUCUCCCAAAUCCAAAGCCCAAUCACGCUGCAGGCCGCGGUGCCUUCUCCCCAUCCGACUUCAUUACCAGCAUCUUUACCUUCUGCCUUAUCAGCCUCGUUGCCUCCUAGUUCUUGCCAACCUGUGACUGUGUCUCUUUCAAGCCCUCAUCAUCCUAUCGGCCUGCCAGCUCCUCAACAAUGUGCUGGACGCCUAGCGGGAUCUACGACAAGCCAAGUGCAGACUGUGCCAUCCACCAUCCAGGUUAGCUCUUAUGUGCUGUCUUCCACCCAAACGGCCAGUAUACCGCUCUCAUCCGUCAAUUUCAACCCUUCCUCAUCUUCAUCUUUUACUAUUGCGUCACUGUCCACAUCACAUGUCCCCUCCAUUUUAGCCUCUUUGGCACAGACUCUUGUUGUCACUGCCACUUCCCAUCCACAGGCUCAGCAAACACAAUCAGCUCCAUUAAUCAGAUCUCCUGCAAGUACAGCAGCUCCCAACAACAUUGCUGCGUCUCCCUGCCUCACUUUGUCCGUUACAACAGUGCUGACGCCCACUUCCAACACACAAAGUCAGUGCGUCACAACUUGUGGAGCUACACGUCAACUUACUUUAGUCACUCCAUCUCAUGACUAUACCUGCGAUAAGGACAGGAUACCUUCACCUAAACUGCUAAAGAAUGCCUUGACAGCAGCGAAAAUCCGGGAAAGUCGCGAGCCUGUUCAUUGUCCGACACCUGGUUGCGAUGGUAUGGGACACGUAUCCGGCAAUUACGCUACUCAUAGAAGUUUAUCAGGUUGUCCUCAUGCUGAUCGCUGCAAUUUACAGGCCCAGCAUCAAGAUCUAAAAUGUCCGACACCUGGUUGUGAUGGAUCAGGCCAUAUAACAGGCAAUUAUUCUUCUCAUCGUAGCCGAUCUGGCUGCCCAAGAGCGAAUAAAUCAAAAAAGUUCCUUCCGAUCGAUAAGAUGGAAGCUGAGCCUCUGCGCUGUCCUGUUCCUGGAUGUGAUGGUAGUGGACAUAUUACAAGAAAAUUUCAGUCACAUCGAAGUGCGUCAGGUUGCCCUAUUGCCAACAAAGGAAAAGUGAGAUAUGAAGUGAUGGCGUUUGAUGGAAGACCUAUAAAAAUCGAGCCAAAUGCUUCUUCAUCUUCAAAUGAUGGAAGCCCAGUUACCAAUGGCAGUCAUUUGAGCUUUCCGGUGGGAUCAAAAGCUACAAAAAUUUUUCAGCCUAUCAAAAGGCAGAGAUUAUCAGUGGAAGAACCUGAAAAAAAUGGAGAUGUGGACAAUGAUGAAGAAAUUCGAGUUCUUGAAGAAGAAAUUCUGGAAUUGCAGGAAUAUAAUGCUAAAGUGGAAUCUGAAAUGAUAAAACUGCGAACAGACAUCUCUCAGAUGGAGCAACAUAUUCGCAUGACAGAAAGGGAUAAUCAAUCUCUUGCCCAGAAGAACCACAAUUUAACAGAAUAUUAUGAAACACUGCGGAACAAUUUUAUAUCUUUGUUAGAUCAUGUAAGACUUCCAAACUUUGAUGAGAGACCUACACGAGAAAAUUUUGAUGCCUAUUUAACAAGGCUGCAGACACUUUGUUCAGAAAGUUGCCGGGAAGAAAACAGAGCGAUUUUGUCUUCGGUGAAACAAGCUCUUCAAGAUUUUAACUUCCCAUCAAGUGCUGCUAGUGGCUGGCUAAGAUCAUGAGUAGUCUUCAUGCCAAGAUAAUUGUGAUAUAUUUAUAGUUGUCAUAAAUUAUUUUUAUUUGCUUAAUGUGAUCGUUGAAACAAAAUUGUGUUUAAUGUUAAAAACUAUGAAAGGAAUGGAAAGUGCUUAUUGUAAAACUUUUCCAUACUCGUUUGGUGAUGUAAAAAUGUCCCCUUAGUAUUUUGGAAGAGAAAUAUAAUUUUUGUUGUUUGCACUUCUAUUGUAUUUUUAUUGUAAAAAGGUGUGCAUUUUUAAAAUGGUAAAUGUUACUGAGAUGAAUGUCAUUAUUUUAAAAUAUUUAAUAUUUUCCUGUUUCAGUAACAAGUCAUAGGAUAUUUCUAUGUAAUGUUUCAAGCUAAUGACCAUUUUUAUUUUCUUUCAUUAAAAUUAUAAGCAGAUUAUGGAAAUUAAUGCUUUGCAUUAGUAUAGCAUUGAUAUUUAUUUAAAUAUUUUUGUCCUUUAACAAUCAAAAGGCAAAGUUAUCAUUUGCCUUAUGUAUAUUGUAUAUGUAUAUAUAUAUGUAUGUUCUACAGUCUUGAUUAUGAAGACUAAUUUCAUUAAACUAGUCUUAUUAAAAUGUUAGGUUCUGCUUGAAAUGUGAA